GCCCAAGACUUUAACUCUCCUCUCCCAGAGCCCGCCAACUCUCCAGGGUACAAAGUACAGCAGGGACGCGGGUGGAGCCCUUCUAAGCGACACAGCCUUAUCUUUCUCGAGUGAACACCUAGGUGGAUUCCCAAUACCGCACCUGGCACGUUCUGGAGGGAGUCUCAAGCUCCUCCAGAGCUCCCUGCCGGGCGUCCUUGUUUCUGCAUUCGAUAUUCCUGUGGGAGACGCGGGGGACUCUGAGCGCCGCAAGCUUUAUUAAGAGAUUUGCAGUGGUUCACUCGGAUCCCUGAACACUCCCAACAGUCUAAGCUGCCUGCGGUGUUACAGCGCAGAAGCCUGUAAAGCAGGGUGGUUGCCCUUCUUCGCGGCUUCGGGUCACUUUCCGCGACUCUGAGAGUAAUUGCGUGGGCACCAGUUCUGGGGCCAGGCCCCAAGAAGGGAGUUGGACUGCACGAAGAACAUCAGCCUGCUACCAGACUGCACAUGCACUUUGCACCGGCCAUCUAAGCCUCAGUCUGGAGAUUGCGCUCUCCGGGUAAGGAGGAACCAGAGCUUCCCCGGCGGGUCUGAGCUGCAGGGCAAGCGGGGACGGGAACUGGGAGUUUAAGGUUCUGGACUGAGGGACUGGAAAGGAGCUGGGGUCUCCAGAGAAAAGGGCAGCAACGGAGGAAAACUGAGAUGAACUCCAGACAUCCAUAUUCAUGGGUCCGUUUGAGUCUUUGCUUUCAGUAAGAGAGGAGUGGGAUGGGACAGAAUCUAUACCUUUGGUUCCCGCCCACCCUCCAGUAAGGCCGAGGAACUCCCUUGGUUCCCCUGAGAGAAAGGCAGAUGGUGCUGCAAGGGAACCCCGGAAGCAGCCGCUGAAGUUGAGCAGUGUGCAGGACUGGGGAGGGAAAAAAAGGAGGAGGAGGGACAAGCCACCUACGUGCUCUCCUCCCUCUCUUUCUCCACCCCACCCCCGUUUUUCGUAGCUGCUGACGCGCUGGUGGUGCCUAUUAAUCAUUCACCAGCCCAGAGCCCCGCGCCAGUUAAUGGCUGUGCCGCGCGGGGCUCCCGCAUCCUGGCCUCCCCUCUCCACCGUCGUGUGUGCCCGGGUAACCAGAGCUGCAAACGGCAGUGCCCAGGCAACCGCUGGGCUGUGCGCCCCACUGGCGCCGGUAGGAGCCGCGCUCUCCGCCGCGGUUGCACUCUAUCCAUAGGCGCUGGGCUGCUGUGGGCUGCAGGCAAACGGUUGCGUGCGGAGGGAGGGUGCCGGCGGCGGGGGCGCGAGGAGAGUGCCCCAGCCCUGGCAGCCCCACUGGCCCCCCUCAGCUGGGAUGUUCCCCAAUGGCACCGCCUCCUCUCCUUCCUCCUCUCCUAGCCCCAGCCCGGGCAGCUGCGGUGAAGGCGGCGGCAGCAGGGGCCCCGGGGCUGGCGCUGCGGACGGCAUGGAGGAGCCAGGGCGAAAUGCGUCCCAGAACGGGACUUUGAGCGAGGGCCAGGGCAGCGCCAUCCUCAUCUCUUUCAUCUACUCUGUGGUGUGCCUGGUGGGACUGUGUGGAAACUCUAUGGUCAUCUACGUGAUCCUGCGCUAUGCCAAGAUGAAGACGGCCACCAACAUCUACAUCCUAAAUCUGGCCAUUGCCGAUGAGCUGCUCAUGCUCAGCGUGCCCUUCCUGGUCACCUCCACGUUGUUGCACCACUGGCCCUUCGGUGCGCUGCUCUGCCGCCUCGUGCUCAGCGUGGACGCGGUCAACAUGUUCACUAGCAUCUACUGUCUGACUGUGCUUAGCGUGGACCGCUACGUGGCCGUGGUGCAUCCCAUCAAAGCGGCCCGCUACCGCCGGCCAACCGUAGCCAAGGUAGUGAACUUGGGUGUGUGGGUGCUAUCGCUGCUCGUCAUCCUGCCCAUCGUGGUCUUCUCUCGCACCGCGGCCAACAGCGACGGCACGGUGGCCUGCAACAUGCUCAUGCCAGAGCCCGCUCAACGCUGGCUAGUGGGCUUCGUGUUGUACACCUUUCUCAUGGGCUUCCUGCUGCCCGUUGGGGCUAUCUGCCUGUGCUACGUGCUCAUCAUUGCCAAGAUGCGCAUGGUGGCCCUCAAGGCCGGCUGGCAGCAGCGCAAGCGCUCGGAGCGCAAGAUCACCUUAAUGGUGAUGAUGGUGGUGAUGGUGUUUGUCAUCUGCUGGAUGCCUUUCUACGUGGUGCAGCUGGUCAACGUGUUUGCUGAGCAGGACGACGCCACGGUGAGCCAGCUGUCGGUCAUCCUCGGCUAUGCCAACAGCUGCGCCAACCCCAUCCUCUACGGCUUUCUCUCAGACAACUUCAAGCGCUCUUUCCAACGCAUCUUAUGCCUCAGCUGGAUGGACAACGCUGCAGAGGAGCCAGUCGACUAUUAUGCCACUGCACUCAAGAGCCGUGCCUACAGCGUGGAAGACUUCCAACCUGAGAACCUGGAGUCCGGCGGCGUCUUCCGUAAUGGCACUUGCACGUCCCGGAUCACGACACUCUGAGCCAGGGCCACGCAGGGGCCCUGCGCCUGAGAAGAAGGGAAGGCUGGGUGUGAAAGGGAGGGUAUCCAGGGCGCCAGGGUGCGGUCUGGAUAACGUGGAGCUAGGACACCCGGAGCCUCUGGUGGAGGGACCCAGGAAAGGCGCGCAACAAUGGUAUAAGUGAGAACUUUGCUUAUAAACUGGGAAGACUUUCAGGCUACCUUUUUCUGGAUCUCCCACUUUCGGUUCCUUCCUCCACUACGCUUACUCCUCUGACCCUCUAUUUUCCCCACCCUGCAACUUCGAUCCUUUCUUUCGCACCGUCCAGCCAGUGCACAUCACAAACUCAUUUACAACUCAGUCUCAUCCUUAGCUCCUCAUGAUGUUAUUUGCUUGUUUAAGCUGAGCCACGGAUACGGCCACGGGUUUCCCUUGGGGUUAGUCCCUAGCUCUCCUUCAGCCCCGCCUAGCCAUGCUGGGCAGCGUCCGGGUUCUGCCUGGUGCCCCUACUGGAGUCUCGGGAAUGACCGCGCAGCCCUACCUUAAGGAAAGUCGGACUUGAGAAAGAUCUAGGCAGCUGGUCUUUUCUCCUACUCUUGAGUGAAGGCGCACCUUUCCCUGCCCGCCCCUCACCACUCUCACUCCACCCAGAGUGGAGCCAGGUGCUUCGUAAAUAGGUCCCGGGCUUUGAACCCCAGGCUUUCUGGAGUCCCCAUCCAAGCCCCCCUUUGGAGAAAAAAGGAGCUGAGAACAAGUCGCAUGAGGAGUUUUUAUUAGUCUGUGGGGUCGGAGUGGGGGCUCCUAAUAGGAAUCAAUAUCCUGCUGGGCGUUUUCAAAGACCUACGCUGGGCACUCAGGGGCGUGCCUGUUCUGCUAACAGCGUGGCAGGGAAGUGCAGGGCGCACCUUCCCCUUCCCCAGGUUCGGCUGCGGGGCUGCCUCUUGGCUUGGCUUUCUCUCUCACCCAAGCUUCCGCAGGAGCAGACUUAAAAGUAACUAGAAACGGGGUUUCCUGCUCUGGUGUAUCUCAAAAGACCCGGCACCCGGGAAGGGGACCUAGGGCGACGUCUUCAGAGUCCGCCAGUGUUAGCUGUGACGCCGCAACCUGCAGGCUCCAGAGUGCGGCCUGUCUGGCCUCUGAGGCUUGCUGCCUUUCAAGCGGUGCCUAAGAAGUUAUUUUCUUGUUUAACAUAUGUAUUUAUUAAUUUAUUUGUGAUGUUGGAAAAUAUGUCUCUGCUUUCCUUUUCUCUGCUUGCCUAGCCCCAGGUCUUUUCUUUGGGACCCUGGGGUGGCCAUGGAAGUGGAAGUGGGGGCAAGCUCUCCCCCACUCCCUGGGCUUCUCAUAGCUCCUCUUUGCUGGGCCCUUUUGUCUUAUCCUUUCUUCCAGCUUUUCUAUUUUUGAUUGUGUUGAGUGAAAUUUGGAGAUUUUUCAUACUUUUCUUACUAUAGUCUCUUCUUUGUCUCAUUAGAAUAAUAAAUAAGUGAUAAUGUGGGUUAUCCUCCUCUCCAUGCACAAUGGAAAGUCCUGAACUCCUGGCGCUCCAGGAGACAUAUAUAGGGGAACAUCACCCUAUAUAUGAUUUGAGUGUAUAUAUAUUAAUAUAUAUAUGAUGUGGGCAUAUAUAUACUUGUUUAUCUGCUCCACUGUCAUAAGUCCAUGAGUCUAAGUAUAGCCACUAAUGGUGACAGGUGUGAGUCUGACUGAACACUUUCAGUUUCAGGAGUUCAAGCAGCACUCAAACCUGGAGCAGAGGAAUCUAAUUCAGAGGGAGACUUCAAUCACUGCUGAAGAUGCCCCUGCUUCCUCUAGGUUCCAGCAGAGGUGAUUCUUAAAUAUGAUCCAGUUAACAUCAUCACUUUUUUUGAGGACAUUGAGUGGAAUAAUUUAUGUCUGUGUGUAAUCUUAUCAACUACAUUGGAAGCCUGAGCAGGGUGAGGACCAAUAAUUUUAGUUCUUUGUAUUUCCUGCAUUGCUUUAGUAUGCUGGCUUGUACAUCGUAGGCACUAAAUACAUGUUUGUUGGUUGAUUUUUUUAAGCCAGAGUGUUUUACAAUGAUCUGGAGAUACUAAAUCUGGGGUUCUCAGGUUCACUCAUUGACAUGAUAUACAGUGGUUGAAAUCACUAUUGAAAAAUACGUUUUGUGUAUAUUUGCUUCAACAACUUUGUGCUUUCCUGAAAGCAGUAAGCAAGAGUUAAGAUAUCCCUAAUGUUUUGUUUAAACUAAUGAACAAAUAUGCUUUGGAUCCUAAGUCAGAAAGUUUAGAUCUGUCCCUUAAUAAAAAUAUAUAUUACUACUCCUUUGGAAAAUAGAUUUUUGAUGAUUAAGAACUGUGAAAUUUACAAAUCAAAAUCUUAAUCAUUAUCCUUCUAAGAGGAUACAAAUUUAGUGCUCUUAACCUGUUACCAUUGUAAUAUUAACUAAAUAAACAGAUGUAUUAUGCUGUUCCAA